AUGUCAAGCGAGCCGACCAAAAUCUGCGAGUUGCCAGGUCGAACAGGUCGCGUCCGCGCGCGCGUCCGCUUUAUGUCGCCCAGCUGGACGAGCGUGUACGGCGCCCGAGCAGAGCUGGCGGUCUCACUCGCCAGCAGGCCCGAGCUACAGAUGUUCUGGGAGAAUCUGACUGCAGCUGAGCUGACGAUGGUGGACGACCAGCAGGACUGCAUCGACGAGCCCUCAUCAGACAUCCAGCACUUCCUCGUCCUGGGGACACCAGGCAUCGGCAAGACCGUGUUCCUGCUGGACUUGCUCCACCGCCUGGCCUGCAUGCGGCGCACCGUGGUGUUCCUUUCUUACCUUACCUACCCCAGCGUGCUGCUGUUUCAGCCCGCGGCCGCUGACGGUGACGGCGGCGGCAUGUUUGAGGCGGACAACCCCAUCGAGUUCAAGGAGGAACUCAAGGACCCCAACACGUGGCUGCUGUGCGACUCCAUUGAAUUCGCGAACGUGAAUGCCAUAACAGUUAUGGCCUCCUCGCCGUGCGUCGGCACCUACAAUCUCCAGGUGGUUGGUCUUGGCAAAUCUCUGCAAGGCACGGAUUCCGGAUUCAUCGAGCAGUACCAGGCAAAAGUUGAUGUCGAGAUGGCGGAGCGGCUGUACAAGGCGUGGGGCAGAAUUCCGCGCUACGUACUGGAGAAUGCCAAGAACCCGUCAAUGCAGCGGAAGCUGGACGACGCCCUGGGGUCCAGUGACCUACUCGCUGUGCUGCGCUCGGUGAAGCAGAUCGAGGCCGCCCCUGAGGCGAGCCACAAACUACUGCACGUUCAGGCGAACGGCAUGGUGGGUCUGCGGCAAUUCCUGACCUGGUCCGCGGGCGAGCCGACGGCAGCCAGCCUGCGGGGCCUGCUUUUCCAGGCUUACGCGUUUCAGGUGCUCGCACGCGGGGGCACGUUCCGGGUCAGGGACCUGACUGCUUCCGCAAUUGGUGGCGGCAUGCCGCAUGAGGCGGUGCUGCCGCAGCUGUCGCGCCUAGAUGUGCAAGACCUUUCAGCAGCAAAGGCUGGCUGCCUGGUCAUUCCGGCACGGAAGAACUUCCCGGCCAUCGACUGCAUGGUGGUGCUGGCAGCCCACGGAGGCGUCUUGACACCUUCCAAGCGGCUGCUGAUGAUCCAGCUUACCAUGGCGGCUUCGCAUUCGGUAAAGGAAAAUGCGCUGGCGGCGCAACUGAAGCUGCUGCCGCUGACAAUACGACGUCUGAAGGCGGUGCUGCUCUUCACCAUGCCGCCUGACGUGUUCGACCGCAUUGGCACUCAGAAGACAUCGGGCACGGGGCCUCUGAGCGACAUGCCGCAGUAUGCGCUGGAGGUGCCCAUCAGCGGCUUCAGUGAGAGCACUAACAUGAGCAACGCCAGCAGCGGCGUGAACACCAGCAGCACCAGCAGCAUGCAGGACAGCCGCCGCAGCGGCCACGUUUCACGUGAGCGCCGCAGCGGCGAUGUGAACAGCAGUGUGGUGCUCGUGCGCCCGCACCUCAGUAGCUGCCUGCCAACGAGGCUGGGGUGA